AAUCGAUGAGGUUCAUUGCGACGGAUUCGAAAGCCAAAGUUUAGCCAAAAUCUAUAAACCGGGCAGAAUCCGGAGCGGAUCCCUGGAUUCUCUUAUACUUUUAAUAUUUCUUAUAUUUCAUCAUUUCAUUCAUUUUUAUUUUCCGUAGUAAUCUGACUUCAUUUUCAUUUUCGUAUACAAAAAGCAAGAGCGAGUGAGCGAGUGAGCGAGCGAGCGGGCGGACGAGGGAAGAAAGAAAUAAUCAAAGAACUGUCGAAGAGAGAGAAAGAGAAGGAAAGAACAGAGGAUAACAAAAACAGAAAAGAAAAUGGAAAAUUCAUUUUUAUUUAAAUUCUCAGGGGAAAAACAGGUACAAUGAGAAACUCGGCCAAACAUGGUCUUGUGUUGGUUUCUUGGUUCUUUUCGUUUUUCUCUGAUGCAAAACCCUAGAUUUUCGUUUGGUUCUGGCCUGGCUCUGUUUUGAGCCCUAGCUCGGGCUGUUGUCACAUCCAUGGUUUGGUUUAUAGGGUUUGUUUAGGGUUUCAAUGGUGUAAGUAGCAGUGGAGCUCGAAGCUUCGAGGAUCUGCAACGAACAGGAAAUGGCGUCCUCGGAGAAGGCGUUGGAAGAAAUGCUAUUGGAAGCUGGGGAUAAGCUCCUCAAACCUCCCUCGUCGGUCAAUGAGCUUCUUCUACUACUUGACCAAGUUGAGAAUUAUUUGUCAAGGGUGGAACAAUCACCAUCCAAGUCAAUGCAAGCUGCACUUUGUCCCUCAUUGAAGGCGCUGGUUGCUAUUGAGCUCCUGAGGCAUUCAGACAUGGAUGUGAAAGUGGCAGUGGCAUCUUGUAUCAGUGAGAUCACAAGAAUAACAGCUCCAGAUGCUCCCUAUGAUGAUGAUCAAAUGAAGGAAAUCUUUCAACUGAUUGUUGCAUCAUUUGAGAAACUGUUUGAGAUGUCAGGUCGUUCAUAUUCAAAGAGGGUUUCCAUACUUGAGACUGUGGCAAAGGUUCGGUCAUGUGUUGUGAUGCUGGACCUUGAAUGUGAUUCAUUGAUUCUUGAGAUGUUCCAACAUUUUUUGAAAGCUAUUAGGGAGGACCAUCCAGAAAAUGUAUUUUCUUCCAUGGAGACAAUAAUGAGCUUGGUGUUAGAGGAAAGUGAAGAUAUCUCACCUGAGCUUCUCUCUCCUCUCUUAGCUAGCGUGAAGAAGGAAAAUCAGGAUGUUCUUCCUAUUGCAAGGAAGCUGGGGGAAAAAGUAAUGGAAAACUGUGCUGCCAAACUUAGACCAUAUAUGAUGCAAGCAGUGCAAUCUAUGGGCAAUUCUUUGAACGAUUACAGUAAAAUUGUCACAUCUAUAUGCCAAGAGACAUCUGAUACUGUUGAGCAUAAUGAUACCAAUGCUUCUGGUGAACAAUUGGCAGAUGAGAGCAAACUGUCAGAAAGGAAUGUUUCAGAUGAGCCACAGCAGGUAGCUAAAGAGGUUUCACAAGAAGUGGCUUGUCCUGGAACAUCUGAUUCUGGCAUGGAGAAAGCACCAAAAUCAGUGAUGAGCAAUGGAACUGCUCGGGCUGUGACAGACGACUCUACAGCAGAGCCACAAUCCCCUAAAAAGAAGCUUGAUCGUUGUCAUCGUGUUAAUCAAUCUAAAAGUAGUGAUGGAGCACCAAAAGCUGAGACUGAUGGUUUAGAAUCUCAGAAGGUUGUUAAAUCAGAAACAAAAUCUGAUCAGAUUACUAAGAAAACAAGGGGUCGAAAACCUAAUACUUUGAUGGCUCCGGCAGAGGCCUCUGAUCCUUCUCGGACUGACGGUGAGAAAGAAGCUGUGCAGAUGCUUGAUCGUGAAAAGGGUCACAGUAAGGAAACUGACAAUGUGCCUUCAGAAGGCCCAUCUACUAAGGAUGAAGCUGUGCCAUCUGGACAGGAAAAGGAAACUCAGGUGCAGUUAUCCUCUCCGACAGGAUCACAGGGUGAGGUUGCAAAUGUUGCUUCACCCCCAAGCCAGAACCUUACUGAUGGAAGUCGCUCCAAAAGGGGCCGGCGAGGUCCAAAGAAGAAAGAGAGCACAAGUCAGGAAGCUGACCCAGGAUCACCUUCUGUUCCAAAGGAAGUUUUGCCAAGUGAUCAUGAUGAGGAUGAAGCAAAACCUUCUACUGCUGCAAUCUCAAAAAAGGAGUCUGAGGCUACAAGUGAUUCUGAAGCAAAACCACAUAGACGCUCAGGUAAAAAAGCAUCAUCUGGGAAUGCUAGUGAUAAAACUCCUGCUCCUGUGGAUAUUGCCAAGGAGUCUGUGCGUACAAGUGAUUCAGAAGCAAAAUCUCAGAGGAAGUCUAAUAAAAAAGUAGAUGAGAAAAAUGCACAUGAAGAUGAAUCAUCAGGAAAGGAGCAAGAAGGAAAAAAAAAGCAGGGUAAGGGCAAAUCUGUUUCUGAAAAGGAUGUGGUUGAAGAAGCCAGUAACAAGAAAAUAGUUUCUUCACCUAGGGCUGCAGCCAAGACAUCAAAAAGAGAUCAAGCUCAACCUGAAGAAACCUCAGUGACCAAGUCAAAGAGGAAGCGCACUCCAGGGAAGGAGGAGGCUGCUGAAACACCACUUAGUGUCAAGGGUCAUGGUGAGAACUUGGUCGGUGCAAAGAUCAAGGUUUGGUGGCCAAUAGAUCAUCAGUUUUAUAAAGGUGUUAUUGAUUCUUUCAAUCCUGUUAAAAAGAAGCACAAGGUUUUAUAUGAUGAUGGUGAUGAGGAGAUAUUGAAUCUCCGUAAGGAGCGAUGGGAAUUUAUUGGAGAUAAAGUGUCAGAUGGGGAUCAAGAAGCUGACCUUUCAAGUCCUGAUGCUUCUGAAAUGCACCAGAAGAAGAAAACAAAAACAAAUUUAGAUUCUUCAACCAAGCAAGCAAGGUCUGAUGCUUCCUCAAAACGGGGUGGAGGUACUUCAGCCAGCAAAUCGAAAGUUGAAGCGAGAAAAUCUGGUAGUAAAUCCAGGGAUGAUGGUAAAGUAAAUGGCAAAUCCAAAGAAGACACCCCCAAGGCAGUUGGAAAGUCAAAGGAUGGUGGUGGAAAAUCCAAGGAUGAUACUCCUAAAGCUAGUAGCAAACUGAAAGAUGAGACCCAAAAAACGGCUGGAAAAUCCAAGGACGACAAUCAGAAGGUGAGCACGAAGUCCAAGGAUGAGACACCUAAGAUUAGCAGUAGCAAGUCCAAGGGUGAAACUCCCAAAACUGGAAGCAAGUCCAAUGCCAAUGGAAGCUCCAGUAAAGGAAAAUCUGGUUCAUCAAAGGUGCAUGAAAGUGAAGAGUCGUCUAAAGGGAAAUUGUCAGAUUCAGCCAAAGCACAAGAAAAUGAAACAAAGAGUGGGAAAAAGCGGCCGAGGAAGGUCAAUGGAUGAUGAUGUAACUCAGAGCUGAUUCUUCCUCGUAAAUCAAGCGUUUUUUUUUAAUCUUGUCACCUGGGUUCCUGAUGGUAAAUAUAAUCUUAUUUACUUUAUUCUCUCUUGGAGGAAUACAUUGUCUGUUGCUGCAUACACUGCACUGCAAUGUACUUCAUGGUGCCCAAUGUGGUUUGGAAUUUCUCCAGACGUGGCUAGUUUGUAGAAUCAAGGUUAGGACUUAGGAGGGUUAUUAUUGGCGAUGGGGAGGGAGGUCUUGUAAUAGUCUCAGCCUUUCUUGUUUCUAGAUGGAAAAAAUCUUUUGCGCGGUUUCACAAUUAACUUGGGGCUCUUCUGUUCAUCUAUUUUUAUAGAUAGUGAAAUAGUUUAAUCAACUGUGAUCCUAAAAUUUCUUUU